AUGUUCCGCCCGAGCGGAAGUGGCUUCCGACAGAAGCUAGUGGGCUUCACCCUGAAGGGUGCUCUCUAUGGGUCAUGGAUCCUGGGCAUAUUUCCCUUCACCUACGACAGCUGGACGCGGAAAUUGCAUCGUUCCAAGUGGUUAAUUGCAUAUGGCCUCGUUCUGACCACGACCCUCGUUGUGCUUGUGUGGACCAAUGAUACGGAGACCGAGACUCCGAUGAGAAUGGAAGUAUUCCAUAGAAAUCCACUUGCCGAGCAGGUCAAUGGUAUUCACGAUGUACAGAGCCUGUUUAUGGUGGCCUUUAUACUGAUUAGAGGAUACUGGAAGAGUGGCGACAUAGAGAAGAUAUUUAAUGAACUGCUGGAUCUCCAACAUCGACACUUUCGAAACUACCCACUGGAGGACUGCUGCAACUUUGAUAGGUUCGUCCUGUACAAAGGACUCUCUAUAGCGCUGGAGUUUGCUUCCAUGGUGGUUUUGGAGCUUGGCUUGUCCCCGGAUUUCAGUCAGCAGCUCUUGAUAGGAGUCACCAGCUUGUGCCUAAUGCUACUCGGCGUUCUUCUUGCAGCCUCUCACUUUCACCUGGCCGUGGUCUAUAUCUAUCGAUAUGUAUGGAUCAUUAACAGGGAGCUCUUGAGGCUGGCCAAUGAGUUGGCAAAUGGAAAGGAAGUGCAGUCGGAUCGUGUGGAUAAACUGCUUUGCCUGUACCAUCGCCUGUUGGGAAUCAACACUCGUCUGUCGAACAUCUACGACUAUCAAAUGGUUUUGGUAAUGACCAGUUUUCUGAUUGCCAACGUUUUGGGCAUCUUCUUUUUCAUCAUCUACACCAUCAGCCUGAAAAAGGACUGGGACUAUAUGUUACUGUUCGUAAUGCCCCAGGCUUUGGUCAUCAAUAUGUUUGACUUUUGCUUGAGCAUCGCUGUUUGUGAUUUGGCCGAACGAACUGGCAGACAAACAUCGACCAUUCUUAGGUUAUUCAAUGACAUAGAAAACCUAGACACAAAAUUGGAUAGAAGUAUAACCGAAUUUGCUCUAUUCUGCAGUCAUCGCCGGCUAAAGUUUCAUCAUUGUGGCUUAUUUUAUGUGAAUUACGAGAUGGGGUUCCGCAUGGCCAUCACCAGCUUUAUGUACCUCCUUUUCCUGAUUCAGUUUGAUUUUUGGAAUCUGUAA